AUGGAUCUGCUCCUCUUGAUUGCUGUGUUUGUGGUCCCUCUGGUGUCCUCGGAGUGUGGGAACAGGAGCCGGAGCAGAGACACAUGCAGAGGUUGUUAUGCUGAUGCCCCGUCCUAUAAAGAGAGGAGGCAUCGAGCAUCAGUCCUCAGCACUCAGACCUCCGAGAACCUGCCCCGUGACAACAUCUCCAUGGCUCCCUGCUUCGGCUCCAACUCUGUACACCCCGGCCGCUUCCCUGGGAAAGACAACCUCAGACAGUUGAGGAAGCCCAGGGUGGAGAAGAUGCGACGGGACCGCAUCAACACCUGCAUCGACCAGCUCAAGCUCCUCCUGGAGAAGGAGCUCCACCAACAGGAGCCCAACGCCAAGCUGGAGAAGGCUGACGUCCUGGAGAUGACCGUCUGCUUCCUGAGAAGGCAGCUCAUGCACACGCCCGGAGGCAUGGACCUGCUCUCCUCUGUGGGACCCAGUAGAGUGACCUCCGUCUCUGCCGCUCCUCCUCCUCCUCCUCCUUCUCCUUCCUCUUCUCUCCAUGGUCUCCGGCACCAAGAACAUCAGGGGGAGCUUCUCCUCCUGGCCCAGAGAGACUUCACCUCAUCCUCCUCCUCCAUCAUGUCCUCCAGCAUCUCCUCCACCCACAGACCCACAGGCAGCAGCAAGUCUCUGGUCUGGAGGCCCUGGUAGUAGAGACGCUCUACAGCAGUAGAACCAGACCCACAACAUCAAGAAUGGUCUCUCUUUUUGGGGGAGGACAUCAUUGUUUUCAGACCCCCAUCUUCCAUGGUGGGUCACUUUAUGGUACAUCAUAUUGAUGGAAAAAAGUAGCAAUAAUGUUGUACGGUAAGGCUUUGUAUAGCUUUGCCUUGUAGGAAAUAUUUAUUUCCCUUCUGAGAUCAUUCCCUGAUCAAUUAACAGGGUAGUGUCGCUGUAUCCUCUCUGAGAAUAUCCUAUGUACUGGGGGUUUUACCUCAAGAAUGAUUUUAAGAUUAUGUACAACUGUGAGGCUUUAUGCUACAUGAGAAUGAUACUAUACCAAAGCAGCCAAGUCCUUUAUUCAGGAUUAUAGGAUAUUUGUGGCCCAAAUACUGCAUAUGUGGUUUAAGUUGUUAAGUUGCAAUUCUUUGCUAUUAAGUUGCUAUGCAAUUUCAAUGUAUGUCAAAUUGUAUCUCAAGGUAGGAAGAGGUUAGUGACUGUCGAUGGCUGUGUGCCGUUAGGACAGAUCUGCCUUUCAUAAAGGUGCAUGGUGCUUGACAGACGUCAACAGGCUGUAGUUUGCUUUUGCAGCAAAAUUGGUUGUUUUAUAUGACAAAAGUAUGUAUCCAGUACUGUGUAUUGUUGGUGUUGGUGUGUGAUAUU